AUGCCGAGUUCCAUAUUGCCGCUGAAACCUAUUCUAUAUCAGGUCGCCGCCACCGAUUUCCCAAGCCUCACCGAUCGUACAAACAAUGCAGCCAAGGCUUUGGCAAAGGAGAAUGUAAUUUAUUCUCCUUGUCAUUCUCGAAUAAUCCAGCGGCAACAGAUUUGA